AUGUGGAAGAACGGUCUCAUUACCGACCCUCGAGUGAAAGAGGCAUUCCUCAAGGUUGACCGAGCUCACUACGCCCCAGCCAUGCCAUAUGAAGAUUCGCCCCAGCCCAUCGGCUACUCAGCAACUAUAUCUGCACCCCAUAUGCAUGCCUCAGCCAUCGAGCAUGUUCUCAGCUAUCUUCUUCCCUCAUCGACAUCACCGGCCCCUCGGGUCCUCGAUAUCGGUUCUGGAUCCGGGUAUCUGACUCACGUGAUGGCUGAGCUUGUUGGUGAGAAGGGCCUCGUAGUUGGUCUUGAGCAUAUUCGUGAGCUGAAAGAACUUGGUGAGACAAAUAUGUCGAAGAGUGUGGAGGGAAGAAGAUUGCUUGAGAGCGGAAAGGUGAGAUUUAGGUUUGGUGAUGGGAGAAAAGGAUGGAUUGAGGAACCCAGAGAGGGGGAGAAAAACGAGGGGACGGGUUGGGAUGUUAUUCAUGUCGGGGCUUCUGCGGUGGAGAUUCAUCCUGAGUUGUUGGAGCAGUUGAAGGCUCCUGGGUGGUAA